AGCGUUUAUAACAACUUGGAACGCGGCGACUAGCCGCGCGCUGUUGUGCGGCUGCGGGCUCCCCGCCCCGGGUGCGGGUCUUGUACCCCGGGCUCUAGCUGUCCCCGCGCAGCCGGCUUCCCCUCCACCCUCGCUCGCCUCCUGCCCGCCAUGGAGCCGUCGGCUUUCCCCCGGCGCCCCGGCCCGGCUCCCUCUAGCGCCCCCGCCCUGACCGCCGAGCUCGCCCGGCCCCUGACCGACGGGCUCAUCAAGUCUCCCAAGCCCCAGAUGAAGAAGCAGGCGGUGAAGCGGCACCACCACAAGCACAACCUGCGCCACCGCUACGAGUUCCUCGAGACCCUGGGCAAGGGCACCUACGGGAAGGUGAAGAAGGCGCGGGAGAGCUCGGGGCGCUUGGUGGCCAUCAAGUCAAUCCGGAAAGACAAAAUCAAAGACGAGCAAGACCUGAUGCACAUUCGACGAGAGAUUGAGAUCAUGUCGUCACUCAACCAUCCCCACAUCAUUGCCAUCCACGAAGUGUUUGAGAACAGCAGCAAGAUUGUCAUUGUCAUGGAGUAUGCCAGCCGGGGUGACCUGUACGACUACAUCAGCGAGCGGCAGCGGCUCAGCGAGCAGGACGCCCGCCACUUCUUCCGACAGAUCGUCUCCGCCGUGCACUACUGCCACCAGAAUGGGGUUGUCCACCGGGAUCUCAAGCUGGAGAACAUCCUCUUAGAUGCCAAUGGAAAUAUUAAGAUUGCGGACUUCGGGCUCUCCAACCUCUACCACCAGGGCAAGUUCCUGCAGACGUUCUGCGGGAGCCCCCUGUACGCCUCGCCCGAGAUCGUCAACGGGAAGCCCUACACGGGCCCAGAGGUGGACAGCUGGUCCCUGGGUGUCCUUCUAUACAUCCUGGUGCAUGGCACCAUGCCCUUUGAUGGGCAGGACCACAAGACACUGGUGAGACAGAUCAGCCACGGCUCCUACCGGGAGCCGCCUAAACCCUCCGAUGCCUGUGGCCUGAUCCGGUGGCUAUUAAUGGUGAACCCCACCCGCCGAGCCACCCUCGAGGAUGUGGCCAGUCACUGGUGGGUCAACUGGGGCUAUGCCACCCAUGUGGGGGAGCGGGAGGCUCUGCAGGAGGAAGGGCACCCUGGCAGCAACUCUGGCCGCGCCUCCAUGGCCGACUGGCUCCGGCGGUCCUCCCGCCCUCUCCUGGGGAACGGGGCCAAGGUCUGCAGCUUCUUCAAGCAGCACACGCCCGGAGGUGGGAGCGUCGCCCCAGGCCUGGAGCGCCAGCAUUCGCUGAAGAAGUCCCGCAAAGAGAACGACAUGGCCCAGUCUCUCCAGGGCGACCUGGCGGACGACCCCUCCCUUCGCCCUGCCAGGGGCAACCUCAAGCUACCCAAGGGCAUUCUCAAGAAGAAGGCACCGCCCUUGUUGGAAGGGGCCAGGGAAGACCCUGAGCCCAGCCCAGGCCCUGCGGACCCAGGACAGGCUGCCCCCCUGCUCCCCAAGAAGGGCAUCCUCAAGAAGUCUCGGCAGCGGGAAUCUGGCUACUACUCCUCUCCUGAACCCAGUGAGUCUGGGGAGCUCCUGGAUGCAGGGGACGUGUUCGUGAGUGGAGACUCUGAGGAGCAGAAGCCCCCGCAAGCCCCAGGGCUGCCCCUGCAUCGCAAAGGCAUCCUCAAACACAAUGGCAAGUUCUCCUGCACGGCCCUGGAGCGCACAGCCCCCACCACCUUCGGCUCCUUGGAUGAACUGGCCUCCCCUCACCCCCUGGGCAUCCUCAAACACAAUGGCAAGUUCUCCUGCACGGCCCUGGAGCACACAGCCCCCACCACCUUCGGCUCCUUGGAUGAACUGGCCUCCCCUCACCCCCUGGGCAUCCUCAAACACAAUGGCAAGUUCUCCUGCACGGCCCUGGAGCACACAGCCCCCACCACCUUCGGCUCCUUGGAUGAACUGGCCUCCCCUCACCCCCUGGGCAUCCUCAAACACAAUGGCAAGUUCUCCUGCACGGCCCUGGAGCACACAGCCCCCACCACCUUCGGCUCCUUGGAUGAACUGGCCUCCCCUCACCCCCUGGGCAUCCUCAAACACAAUGGCAAGUUCUCCUGCACGGCCCUGGAGCACACAGCCCCCACCACCUUCGGCUCCUUGGAUGAACUGGCCUCCCCUCACCCCCUGGGCAUCCUCAAACACAAUGGCAAGUUCUCCUGCACGGCCCUGGAGCACACAGCCCCCACCACCUUCGGCUCCUUGGAUGAACUGGCCUCCCCUCACCCCCUGGGCAUCCUCAAACACAAUGGCAAGUUCUCCUGCACGGCCCUGGAGCACACAGCCCCCACCACCUUCGGCUCCUUGGAUGAACUGGCCUCCCCUCACCCCCUGGGCAUCCUCAAACACAAUGGCAAGUUCUCCUGCACGGCCCUGGAGCGCACAGCCCCCACCACCUUCGGCUCCUUGGAUGAACUGGCCUCCCCUCACCCCCUGGGCAUCCUCAAACACAAUGGCAAGUUCUCCUGCACGGCCCUGGAGCGCACAGCCCCCACCACCUUCGGCUCCUUGGAUGAACUGGCCUCCCCUCACCCCCUGGGCAUCCUCAAACACAAUGGCAAGUUCUCCUGCACGGCCCUGGAGCGCACAGCCCCCACCACCUUCGGCUCCUUGGAUGAACUGGCCUCCCCUCACCCCCUGGGCAUCCUCAAACACAAUGGCAAGUUCUCCUGCACGGCCCUGGAGCGCACAGCCCCCACCACCUUCGGCUCCUUGGAUGAACUGGCCUCCCCUCACCCCCUGGGCAUCCUCAAACACAAUGGCAAGUUCUCCUGCACGGCCCUGGAGCGCACAGCCCCCACCACCUUCGGCUCCUUGGAUGAACUGGCCUCCCCUCACCCCCUGGGCAUCCUCAAACACAAUGGCAAGUUCUCCUGCACGGCCCUGGAGCGCACAGCCCCCACCACCUUCGGCUCCUUGGAUGAACUGGCCUCCCCUCACCCCCUGGGCAUCCUCAAACACAAUGGCAAGUUCUCCUGCACGGCCCUGGAGCACACAGCCCCCACCACCUUCGGCUCCUUGGAUGAACUGGCCUCCCCUCACCCCCUGGCCCGGGCCAGCCGCCCCUCAGGGGCUAUGAGUGAGGACAGCAUACUGUCCUCUGAGUCAUUCGACCAGCUGGACUUGCCUGAGCGGCUCCCUGAGCCCCUGCUGCGGGGCUGUGUGUCUGUGGACAACCUCAUGGGGCUUGAGGAGCCCCCCACAGAUGGCCCUGGAAGCAGGGGCCUGAGGCGCUGGCGGCAGGACCCUCUGGGGGAUAGCUGCUUUUCCCUGACAGACUGCCAGGAGGUGACAGAGGCCUACCGACAGGCACUGGGGGUCUGCUCAAAGCUCAGCUGAGGGAGUGGGGGGGUGGGCACUGCCCCACCCCGGGCAAGUUCUACAAUGCAGCUGGCUGCACCCUGAGGGGAGACUGCCACGUCCCCCACCUCCCAAGACUAGCCCCCCCGGGCCAGAAAGGCUAAGCUGGUUUGCAGUUGAGCCCCGGAGAGGGCUGGAUGGGGAGUGGGCAAGUAAAGCACACGGAAGGUUCAGGUCUUCAGCCCUGUGGACCCGAGAAGACAGUAGAGGGGAAGCUAGUAGAGAGAGAGAGAGAGAGGGGAAGGCCUGGGGUCAGCCCAGGUGGCCCCCUACCUGUUCACGUGGUAGGGUAGAGCCACAGACAUCAGGAAAGAGCACACGCUCAGAGCCUGUCUCCUUGCACUGACAAGUUUUGUGCAUGGUGACUUCCUGCCAAGGUGGGGGAUGGAAACCCUUGCCCUAUGGGCCCCAUCCCCACCUGCCGCUAAAACUGGAAUGUGGCACGCCCUCAUGUGCCCGGGGUGUCCUGGGAAUGGUCUCCUAGGGGGUACCCUUCCUUAUAUAUCUCAGCAGUAAGAGAACACGUCUAUCUCCUCGAAGGUUCUCUCCCCUUUCCCAUCCUCCAAACCCGGCCCAGGCCUCCCGGAGUCGCUGCUAGGAAUCUGAAAGACUUGAAAAGGUUCAGCCUGCUGCUAUCGGACUUCAUCUCACGGGCCCGGAUUCCCCUGGACCCCACCAUGGACCUCCAACACUCUAAACUUCUCUGGCCUCCACGCUGCUCCUGCUACUGAGAAUGGAUGUAUCCAUUGCUCUGGGCUUCCAGGACCCUGGAAUGCCCUUAUUUAUUUUUAUGUGUUCAGCUCUCUGUUUUUAUAAAAGUGAAUCUAGCUGCUUUCAAUAAUGGGAGUACCAUGUUCUGGGACAAUCCACUGUGACGUCUAAUUUUUGUGAACAGGGAGGUCUUUUUGCAGUGAUUCCUUACUGAUCAUGGAAGCGCGGGUAUCAACCCACGAGUCCCACUGCACUGUCAGGAAGGCGUCUCUGGCUCCCUCGCUCCGUGCCCUGACUCUGUCUACCUGAUGGUCCCUCUUCCUUCCUCUGUGGCCAGAAGGAACCACUCCAUUAAAAACCAGAACCGUGAUUGGAAAAUA